AUGGACUUUAUGGCAGUGGGCUCAGAAGGAUCUGCUGGUGGACUUCUUUGUAUUUGGGAUCCUCAGGUUUUCCAUUUAGUAGAUUGUUGUAGCAAUAGGAGAUUUAUUCUGCUUUCUGGUUUGUUGUUUAAUUCUUUUGAUUGUGUUAUUGUAAAUUUGUAUGCACCUAAUGAAGUGGGAGAUAGAAGGAAAUUUUGGGAGGGUUUGUCUAAGCUAAAGAAUGAUUUUCCUAAACCAUGGUGUUUAUGUGGGGAUUUUAAUCAGACCAGAUUUGUGAGUGAAAGGAAAGGUUAUAAUAGGAAGGAUAGUGGGAUGUCAGAUUUGAAUGAGUUCAUUGAUAAGUGUGAAGUGAACGAUUUACCAUUGUUGGGUAGAAAGUUCACCUGGUGUAACUCAGCAGAUGGUCAAAGGUGGAGUAGAAUUGACAGGGUUUUGGUGGAUCCAAAUUGGUUGGAGGUGUUCAAGUUUAAAUUGUGGGGCCUGCCUAGGCUCAUUUCUGAUCAUUGUCCUCUGUUAGUGAUGGAGGAUGAUAGGGACUGGGGUCCUAAGCCAUUUAGGUUUGUAAAUGCAUGGUGUUUGCACCCUUUUUGUGCUCCUCUUGUAGAUAAAUCUUGGAAGGAGGCUGUGGUUCAUGGUUGGGCUGGCUAUAUAUUACUCCAAAAAUUGAAAGCCUUGAAGCAGAUCCUCAGAAUAUGGAAUAAGGAGAUUUAUGGUAAUGUGUCAUUUAAAUUGAAAGCUGCAGAGGAGGAGAAGCAUAAUCUUGAUCUUCAAGCUGAAACCAGGGACCUUACUCAAGCUGAGAUAAUUAGAAGAAGGGUAGUUAGAGAGGAGGUUUGGAGGUUGAAUAGGAUGGUUGAAUGGAUGUGGCUACAAAACUCAAGGUUGAGUUGGACAUUGAAGGGGGAUAGGAAUACCAGAUUCUUCCAUGUGAUGGCCAGGAGCCGUCAAAGUAGAAAUGUGCUAACAUCCAUUACAGUAGGGGAUUCAGUGGUAGAGGAUCCUUAUAUGUGA